UUCUAUAAAUUGGAAUGAAGUUUUCAUUCUUACUCAUUAACACAAAACCAUGGCUUCAUCAACACUAAUAGUUUUUAUUACUAUUCUGUGUUCAUGUUCAUUGACCUUCGGAUCUUAUCAAUAUCUCCACCUAGUUCUGCAAUGGGCCCCUGCACAAUGCAGGGUCUCCGACUUUAAGUGUACUAAGCCCGCGGCACAUGAUAAGUUUACGGUGCACGGGAUAUGGCCGUCUAAUUUCAAAGAUCCUCAGCCAAGAGAUUGCAAGUUAUCAAGUUCAAAAGACCAGACUCUUGACAUGAAAAAUCUUCCUCGAGGAUUAGUGAAUAGGCUUACGACGUUAUGGCCCAGUUUAACUAGCACUGAUGAAGACUUUUGGAGGCUUCAGUGGAAAACCCAUGGAACCUGCUCCUUCUCUAUGUUUGGCCAGGCGAAAUACUUCUGGUUAGCGGUAAAUCAUUGGGAACAUAUGAAUAUAUUUGAAAUGCUUAGGGAAGAUGGUAUUGUCCCAACUCCAGGUAAAAUGUUCGAUCAAAACGACAUAAUAGAAGCUAUAAAGAAACAUCACUUCCAUGGUCAGGUUGCCAUUAAACCUGAAUUCCAUUGCAGACCAAUAUCACAAUCAGGAUCAAAACCACCAAGUCCACUAUCAUCAGAGUUAUUAGAGAUAAGGCUGUGUGUAGAUCAUGAUGGAUUUAACUACUUUAACUGUACAAGUGGUGGAAAUUGUGGACAAAAAUUUGAAUGGUUUAUAUGAAUGAAUGAUACUAGUACGUACUACUAUGUCUUCUGUACUAAAUAACACAUAUGUCUGUCUAUGGCAGACAUCCUUAAUUUUAAAGGGAAUUUAUAAUUUAAAUAUAUGGUAUACUUCUG